AUGCCAAUUAAUCAAUCCAUCUGUUUUGGCGGUUUCAGCCGUGGCAGAGAUCCAAUAGAAGUCAUUAAGAAAUCCGCUGAAAUCGGUUAUAAAUCCAUUGAAAUGCUACCCGCAGAAUACUGGUCGGUCGUCCAGGACCACGGGAUGCGCGUCGCUAUUAUCGUAGGACACGGCUCACUUCCGUCCGGAUUAAACGAUCCGAGCAACCACGACCGGAUUGAAGAUGAAAUCCUCAAGAACAUUGACAUCGCGGCGGAAAAUGACAUCCCCGGACUCAUCUGUUUCUCUGGAAACCGAGAAGGCAGAUCGGAAGAAGAGGGACGUGACAAUACAAUAGCAGGCUUGUCACGCGUUACCAAAGCCGCCGAGGAGAAAGGAAUCAAUCUCUGCGUCGAACUGCUCAACAGUAAAGUCAACCAUCCAGAUUAUCAAUGCGACACAACGGCAUGGGGUGUUGAGGUUUGCAAAGGAGUGGGUUCACCACGAGCGCAAUUGCUUUACGACAUCUACCACAUGCAGAUCAUGGAAGGCGACCUGAUUCGUAACAUCACGGAUUAUAGUGACUAUAUCGGGCAUUACCAUACCGCAGGUAACCCCGGACGGCAUGACCUUGACGACGAGCAAGAGAUUUACUAUCCUGCCGUGAUGCGCGCCAUCGUAAACACCGGAUAUGACCUCUAUGUAGGACAUGAAUUCGGUCCCAAAGGGGACGCGUUCGAUGCGAUGCAACACGCUUACGAUGUUUGUAACGUCUAA